UGAGCCAAUCUGCGGACUCAGACUGAUAAGAACAAUAAGGUUUGCGCGCCGCCUGUUCUUCUGUUACAUUUUUAUUUUAUUAUCGAAGCUUUGAUCAAACAAAAAUGACCACUAAGAAAAAGAAGCCUAGCCCCUCAAGCCCAAAUCAUAGCCCCACAUCACAACAUCCGGCGAAAAAGGUGAAAUUUAAAGACGCGAAAGACAACGAAAAGGGGAAAAGUGAACGAUUUCUCGUUUGGAGGAAGCACGGAUUGGGUUAUGCCGUAACGGUGGUGAUCUUAGCCUGUACGUUUGGGUUUUUAAAUAGCUGGCAUGUAUCGAGGAUGUUUGAAAAUGAGCGUUUCUUUUCUCAUCUCUCUGCCCUGGAAAGAGAGCUUUCCUUCCGAACUGAAAUGGGAUUGUACUACUCUUACUACAAGACUAUGGUUGAGGCACCAACAUUUUUAGAUGGACUCCAUGCCGUGAUGAACUGCAAUGUUACAGAGUACCCAGACACUGUCAAUACACUAAAGAGAUUUAACCUGUACCCUGAGGUAAUAUUGGCAGGGAAAUUCCGUAUCUUUGAGUGGCUAGCAAGCAAGUUUGAAUACCAAACCAAGACAUGCUACACAGUGAAUAGGGGAUAUGGGCUUCCUCCUGUGCAGAGCUGUGAAGGUCUGGGAGAACUGUCAUUUUUCUAUGUCUAUUCCAUUUUUUUUCUGACUGGCUUAAUGAUGGCUUGCUUCUUCAUCUUAUGUUUCUAUCUCAGUGGUAGCAUUCUGGGAGGUGUCUUAGGGACUCUGUGUUACUUCUUCAAUCAUGGAGAGGCCACACGAGUAAUGUGGACCCCUCCUCUCAGGGAAAGCUUCUCCUACCCAUAUCUUGUCGCUCAACUUCUUGUGGUAACGUUCACUUUAAGAUCUGUCAAGGUUACAUGGCGGCACAUCACACUUGUCUCCAUGACAACAGCUCUCUUUAUGAUUCCAUGGCAGUUUGCUCAAUUUGCACUGCUGACACAGACUUGCGCCCUGUUUGUUGUGUACAUCAUGCACUUCAUAACUGCUGACAAGUUUUGCAAAAUUCUCUAUGGACUACUGGUGGCACACUUGCUUAACUUUGCUGUUCAGUUUGGUAACUCUAUGCUUCUCAGCUCAUUCUUUAUGUCUGCGGUCAUUUCUGCUCUGGUUGUUGCAAAAGCAGAAAGUUAUAUACAUAAACUACCUUAUCAAUUACUCAUUUGGGCUACUCAAGGACUUGGAUUUGCUGCCGGUACUUUGGGUAUUAAGGUGGCUGUUGCCAAGGUGUUGUCCAUUGCUGAUGAUGCACACAUUGCUAACAUUCUCAAGUCAAAGUUUACAAGCUACCGUGACUUCCACACAUUGCUCUACACAUGUGCACCAGAAUUCGACUUCUUGGACCAGGAGGCGCCCGUCAAACUCACUAAGACUCUGCUUCUUCCAUCUGCCAUCGUGGCUGCUUCAGCUGUCAUUGCCAAGGUCGGGGCUAGCGAGUGGGAGUACUUGGUGCGAGGAAAAAAGUCUCAGGUGAAAUCAGAUAGCGCCGACGAGCAUGAUGAGGGAGCUGAAGGACAAGAAGCCAACCCCAGGCCCCACGCCGAGUAUGUGUACCACGUUCUGCAAGCGAUGGCGUUUGUGCUAAUGGCCGUGAUCAUCAUGCGGCUAAAGCUGUUUGGCACGCCUGCGCUGUGCGUCCUCGCUUCUCUUGUCGCCUCUAGACAGUUCUUUAGUUUUCUUGGCGACCGUCGACGUCAUCAAGCUAUUGUCAUCGCUCUUAUAGCUAUGAUGUCGGUGCAGGGAUUCUCAAACCUCAAGACACAGUUUAACACAACAGGGGAGUACAAUAACCCAGAAAUGGAAGAGUUAGUGGAGUUUAUCACAACAAGAACGCAAAAAGAUGCUGUGUUUGCUGGCGCUAUGCCCACCAUGGCAACCGUCAAGCUGUCGACCGGGAGGGCUGUUGUGAACCAUCCUCAUUAUGAAGACGUCGGAAUAAGGGAAAGAACUCACAAGGUAUACCAGAUCUUCAGCCGCAAGCCUCCUCACGUGGUCUGGAAUACCCUCGAUUCCAUGGGGGUUACCCACGUAAUUAUCGACGCGCAAUGGUGCUUGGGAAGGCCUAAGCCCGGAUGCGGAAUGUCGGAUAUGUGGGACCUGGAAGAUGAAAAGAAUCGCCAUCGCUCCAUGUGCUGCAGCCAACUGGAGGUCGACUCAAAGCCUUUCGUCAAAGUCUUUAAAAACAAGAAAUACAGCAUCUACAAGCUACACAGGGAGCGCAGUUAAGGCAGAGCACACAGAAUACAGAUCAUAUAUCAUUCACUCGUAGGGUUCCUUCCCUAAUGUAAUUCCACAGGGAUCCUUAUAUGGUGUUUUAAAUUAAAAUGAAAAAACUUG